ACAACGAAUGAUAAGCGCAAAAGGAAAAUAGAACAAUAAAAGCCAUAAAGUAACAAAAACAAUAGAAAUUUUCGAUUUUAAUUAAAAAUUCAAUAACAUUUUAAGAAAAUAUUUCUUUGUACAGCACAAGCUAUAUUUAUAAAAUACAUUACAAUAAAAAUAUGUUGUAAAGGUCAUAUGACUUGUGUAAACUAAAAACUAAACUAAAAUAUUUUUGGAACCAGAAAAAUAGUGGUUGUUUUUCUUGUGUCUGGCCACAAAAAACUAUAAAUAAAAAACUACGCAAAAACAAGUUGAAAAUAAAAAAAAAAAUUCAAUAAUCCUAAGUUACUGGAAAACAAUCACAAAUUUAAUUAUAUAUAUUUUUUUGUAUAAUAAAAAAAGCUAAGGAUUUGUUCAAACUCAUUUGAUACCAAAGAAGAAAGCCAGACAGCCAGCAGCCACUUGUUUUAAAAUGGUGGAACCAAUUUUUGAUUAUCAAUUUCGUUUGAUACUAAUUGGAGACAGUACAGUGGGCAAAAGUUCUUUACUUAAAUUCUUUACAGAUGGGAAAUUUGCGGAGCUCUCUGACCCCACUGUCGGCGUCGACUUUUUCGCCCGUUUAAUUGAAAUGAAGGAUGGUACACAAAUCAAACUUCAGCUUUGGGAUACUGCUGGUCAAGAACGUUUUCGUUCGAUAACAAAAUCCUACUAUCGCAAUUCUGUUGGCGUCUUACUGGUGUAUGAUAUAUCGAAUCAUGCCAGUUUUGAACAUAUACCUUUAUGGAUGAUGGAGGCACAACGACACAUUGAACCACAUCGUCCAGUUUUUGCAUUAGUUGGCUGUAAAUUAGAUCUGGUAAAUGCUGGUGGACAGCGCGAAGUAUCAUUCGAAGAAGCCCAAGCAUUUGCCAAACAGCAUGGUUUGCAUUUUGUUGAGACCUCUGCACGUACGGGUCUAAAUGUAGAGGACGCAUUUCGUACGGUUACACAAGAAGUUUAUGCCCGCAUUCGAUCUGGUGAAUACAAAGUCGAAGAUGGCUGGGAUGGCAUUAAGACCGGAUUUCCACGACCAAGUAGUCUGGACUUUAAUUUGGUAGUUGCUGAGCCGGAGAAAUCAUCUUGUUGUUGAUUCGUUAAUUGUUUGGACUUUUAUAAUUUUUAACUACAUACUAACAAUUUAUAUACACUAUUAUUAUUCUAAGAUAUUUUGCGUGUAAUAAUCGGUAGUCUCGUUUAAUUUUUAUACGUUAUUAAGGCGUAGAACACAGUAAUGGCUUGUUUGGAUGAUUUCUUUUAUUUUUAUUAAUUCGGAUCAAAAAAAUUUUAGUUUUUUUUUUGUUCUGUAGUGUUCUUAUUUUUAAUAUAAUACUUUAUAUUAGUUUUCUUUAUUUUAUAUUAGUUGUUAAUUUGUUUUAUAUUGUAGUCAAAAAUAUAAUCGAGUAUAAAAGAGGAAAUUAUAAAUUUAUAUAUAUUUUCCGUUUAAUUCAGUUACUGAUACAAAAUAAAAAGUACAUUAUGUUUUAUAUUAAAUGAAAAAUACCAAUGAUUAUAUCUACCUAAUGAAAAUCGUUUUUUAAAAUACAAUAUACAUAAAAAAAUAAUUCAAAUUUUAA